AUGUCGACUGGACUCUCUCAACAAGAUGCAAAUGAUGGUGCAUCGCUAGCUUCGCAUCAGCUGAAACCUCCUGCUUCAGUGCAGGUGAAGAACCGUCGCAAACGCUAUCUUGACCAGCAUCCAGAGUACUUUUCUGCUGACCUUGAAAUGGCCGAUCCGUUACUUUACGACCGUCUCAUCAGACGCUUCCAGACCCCCGCAGAACGAGAGGCAGAGGGUCGCACCAAGGGCUUUUCUGGCAUACUACAAGCCGACAUUCAGCGAUCAGAAGCUAAACUAGAUGCGCUCGCUCACCCCAAUCCGAAUGCAAUGCUAAGUUAUAGACGAGGAUCCAACGGCGAGAUCGUGGCGGAAGAUAAAGACGACAUACCCGCCAACAAGGAAGAAGGCAUGCAACGUUGGAAAUGGGAAAUGGAAAUGCGAUUUCUCAAAGGCGCCGACUAUGAUUUCGACUAUAAGACAGUGGACGAAAACGACGAGUAUGAUGACUGGAAUGAGGAGCAAGAACGCUACUUUGACGAGGAGGAACCUGAGUGGAUUUUCGACAAAGGACAGGAAGGAGACGUUCAGAAAGAUAAGUUGAUAGGGGAGACUGGUAUACAAGAUUUUUAA